AUGGGCGACGGCGAGGCGGAAGCGGAGGGCCCACCGCGGCCCGCCACCUGCCCGGGGAUGUGCCCGGCGGCGGAGUACGCGCGGCGGCGGCGCGAGGGCCGGCUGCACCGGCUGGAGCUGGGGCCGCCGCCGGGGCGCCUCCCGGACCCGGCGCGGGCGGUGAAGGAGUACUCGCGGCCGGCGGCCGGGCAGGCGCCGCCGCGGCCCGCCGACCUGCGCCCGCCCGCCGUCCUGCUGGCCACGGUGCGGCACCUGCUGGGCCGGGCGGACGAGGCGGGCGAGGCGGCGCCGGCCGAGCGCUGCGCCUUCGUGGCCGACCGCCUGCGCGCCGUGCGCCUGGACCUCGCGCUGCAGCGCGCGCCCGCCGCUCCCCGCGCCGCCCUGCUGGAGCGCGCCCUGCUCUUCCUGCUGCACGCCGGCGCCCGCCUCGGCGCCCGCGCCCGCCCCGACGGCCCGCUGCACGACGCCCAGCUGCGGGAGACCUUCGCCGCCCUGCGCCGCGCCUACCGCCGCCACGCCGCGCCCGCCCAGCCGCGCUUCCAGGCCCUCUUCCUGCUCUACCACCUGGGUUCCCCGGAUGCACUCUGGGAGAUCCUCCAGCUGGCCGACGACAUCCGAGCUUCUCCCGAUCUCAGGGCCGCCCUCGCCAUCAACUGGGCUUUCCUGGAGCGCAACUUUGCCCGUUUCUUCCGCCUGGCUCGGGAACUCCCUUACCUGCCCAGCUGCGCCCUCCAUCCCCACCUGGUGAGGGCCCGGCGCCUGGCCCUGCUCACCUUCAGCCAUGGCUUCAGCACGAGGAACUGCCGCUACCCCUUGGCCCGGCUGGCCCAUCUGCUGGCUACCGACGGCCCCGAAGAGGCUGCCGAAUUGUGCCAGGUGCAUGGCUUGACCGUGAUCGAGGAUGGUGUCAUCUUCCGGAAAGGAUCCUUCCAGGACUCGGCUCCCCUGGAGGACAGGGUUCCCCACCUCCUUGUGGCUGAGAAAUGGACAGGGACCCUGUUGGAACUCUCAGAGAGGGUCUGCAGUUGACAUGGCACGUGGGUUUCACGCUGUGGCAGGUGGUCGCUACUCUCUUUCCACGCAUGAAAUAACUACCCCAUUUAAACACUGGCUGCAGAUCCUGGGAAUCUCUCCCCGCAUGUAGAAAACUAACUCAUCAGGGAUGGUGUUUCCAGCAAACCGCACGGUGCUUGUUCAGAGCCCGAAGCAGUCCGCUCUGCUCUGCUCCGCAGGUGACCCGGCCAUUUGCUGCCUGUAUUAGAGACUCCUGACGGUGCCUUUGAUCCUGCUGCUUACCUCCUUGGAGCAGUUGUGCGAAGAAGAACAAGCAAAAGACUUUGUCCUCUUUCUGCACAUGCUUUGCUGUUAAGGAUGUGCCUUUCUCAGCCGCAGGCAGUGUGGACUGACCCUUGCAAGCGUGUGGCCUUUUUAGUGCUUCAGUUUCCUGUUUUGGUAGUGAGAAAAGCCAAAGAUAAAUUCCCACUAAAAAUAAACCAAGCAUGAUUUAUUCCCUGGGUUGAAAUUUCCAGCAUGUUCAAUGGUGAGGAACACUGGGAGAUGUAGUUCAUCAACACCUGCAGGGCUGCACUCUGGAUCCUGAUGUUAAUGAACUACAACUCCCAGCAUCCUCGGCCAUUGGCCAGCUGUAGUUAACAAUCUCUGGAAAACUGGAUUUUCUCAAUCCUGAAGUGAACCGGGGCAGCCUCUGUGCUAGGGAUGUGUGUGAACUGUUGGUGCUGUUCAACCUUUCACACAAAUGGUUGUUUGGAGGGUAUCCAGUUGUGUGUUGCAGCUUUUCAAGAGGCAGUGGAGGAGACCCCAGUUGCAAACUGAAUAAAGACAGUGUGGUUAGUCAGUGGAACUCUCUGCCUCAAGUUUUUAUGGAGUAAAACUACUCUUGAGAAAUACA